AUGGUCCGUUUACGAUGCCGUAUGAAGCAAAUUUACGGUGAAAAUACGGAUAGUCGUUUUGACCGACCUGGAUUAAAAGAUAUCAUCGAAAUUAAAUAUGAACUUGAGUUUAUGAAUUACUUAUACGAAAAUGGACUACAAGUACCAAAAAUAAUAAAACCACGUAAUAAUGAAGAAUAUUUAUUUACUAUAGAUGAUAAUUAUUGUGUUUUAAUGGAGUAUUGUCACGGUAUUAAACAUGUAAAUACGGCAAACACACCUGAUCGUGAACUAUGGCAGGUGACAAGCAUAGGACAAUUUUUAGGUAAAAUGCAUCAUGCCUCAUUGAAUUACGAUAAUUGUAAUGAAAAAAAUGCUUCUUGCCGACUCCCAAUUAAUUUUGUUGAAGUUAAACAUGAUUUAUUAUUCAAUUGUAAAGAAUUCAAACGACAACAACCACAAAUUUACGAUCGAAUUACUAUAUUACUUGAUAAACAUACUCAAAUGAUACCAGAUAAUGCUGAUAUAAAUGAUCAAGUAUUAAUGAAGAAUUUUGAAAAAUAUUUACCAAGAGGUUGUAUACACUCGGAUAUGCAUGAUGAUAAUAUACUAUUCGAUGAUGAAUCUAAAACAUUAACAGCCGUAUUAGAUUUCGAUGAUAUGUAUUAUGGUUCAUUUAUUAUUGAUCUUUCAUCAGCAAUGUGUUUUUGGUGUUUUACUGGUGACAAUUUUAACGAAGAAUAUCUAAAAAUAUUAUUGAUGGAAUACGAGAAUGGACGAAAAAUGAAACUAACGGAUAAAGAGUGGGAUCUUUUAUUACCUUAUUGUUAUCUGAUAACAUUUA